AUGUUACAGCGCCAUUUAUCUGAAAGUGAAGGCAGAGCUUGGCCCGGCAGUUUGCCGCAACAUGUUUUUUCUGCAUGCAAUUCUGGGUUGUGAUACGACGUCUCGCCCUUACGGUACUGGAAAAGCCGCGGAGGUCAACAGAGACAGCCCCAGAACCUCCCCCCGACGUUCUCAGCAGCCAGAUACCACAGCCUUAGGGUCUUUCUACAGGUCAAACAGUGGCAUUGUCUUAGUGACAGGAUGCAGUUUGAAGACUGGGGCUGGAAGCUUAGCGGUAACCAGGUGAUUCCCGUGACCACUGACCACUUCUCCAGAGUCCUUGCUCAAGAUGAUCCGCUGCAACUGUGCAACUGGCUGUGCCUCUGUAAGGUGUAG